UCUCCGGAGAGAUGUGGAAAGCUCUAUACGCAAUUAUCUGGCUCGUGGCGAUAGCGGGUCCCCUGGCCGAGGUCGGAGCGAGACACUUCCACAACCACAGCCAUGUUCGCCGACGGGUUCCGCCCCAGCUGAUGCUGGAUCAAUACAUGAGCUACAAGGAUAUGAUGGAGUACCUGGACCGACUGGCACUGGCGUAUAGUGAUCGUUUGACGCUGCAGGAUGUGGGUCGAUCCUAUGAGAGACGUGAACUGAGAAUUGCCAGGAUAACCAACGGAAUUGCGCAGCCGAACAAGAAGGUGAUCUUUAUGGAUGCCGCUCUCCAUGCUCGGGAAUGGACAACGCCCAUCACCGCGCUCUAUGUCAUCCAUCAGCUUGUGGUGGAGUCCAGGGAAAAUGCCUAUCUGCUGGAAAACACAGACUGGGUGAUCCUGCCGUUGGCCAAUCCCGAUGGUUACGAGUACUCCCGGAACAAUAACUUUUGGUGGCGCAACACGAGAAAGCCCAAUGUGAACAAUUGCUAUGGCACAAAUCUAAACAGGAAUUUCGGUUUGGGUUGGGGAGAAGGAUUUACGGAACUAAAGGAUCCCUGCGACGAGAACUAUGCGGGCACGGAACCCUUCUCUGAAUCAGAGUCGCGUGCAGUGCGCGACAUAAUGCAUUCGCUGGUGGACAAUAAAAUCGGAUUCAUGUAUCUCUCCCUGCAUACGGCCAAUCGAUCGAUAUUCUAUCCCUGGGUCAAUGAGCCCUCCCCGAUCCACAAUAACCACGAGCAUGAGGAGAUAGCCCAAUAUGCCGCCGCCAGGAUACGUUCGAGCACGGGGACGAUCAUCAAGCCCAAUCAGGGAUUCAAGUAUGGUGGAAGAAUUGGUGGCACCAGCGUUGACUAUGCCUUCAGUUUGGGUUUCCCCCUGUCCUUUGUAUUCGAAAUGUCAGGAAUGGGACCGAACGGAGUGGAGUACAAGUUCUUUCCACCCGCAAAUUAUAUUCGCUAUCUGGUUCAUGAAUCCUGGAUGGGUAUUCGAGCGCUGGGAGAGAAAGCCAUUGAGAAAUAUCCUCCAACCAGACCAAUGUAUUUUCCUCAGCAUCAUAACCAUGUCGAAAAUUCGGCUCCAAAGAAUCGAAACUUCUUGAACAAUAUCAUGUGGAAAAUCACUUCAAUGAUGGGACAUGCUUUAAGCCAUUUACCUUUAUUUUAACUUUAGCACGAAUAACUUGGAUACUACAAUAAACAUAAUGUAAAAACAAUGAAAAACAUUAGGAGAAAUCAUUCUGAAUUGCAUAAGUCAUAGAUCAAUUUUCUCUCAGAAUAUUUGAAGACUUCAAAUAUAAGU